CUAAAAAGAAAACUGGAAAAACCGUCGGAGGCUUACUACAACAGCAAUGGAGGGAGAGACGGCGACGUCAACGUCGACGCAGAGGUCGAAACGAAACGCCGUUUUCAUGGCUUUCGGUACCAAAGGCGACGUCUACCCUAUCGCUGCCAUUGCUGCAGCUUUCGCUGCUGACCAGAACGGUUACGACGUCGUUUUGAUCACUCAUUCAGCACAUGAGAAUCUAAUUUCUCAUCUAGAAAAAAAGAAUGUUGUCUUUCUUCCGAUUUCAUCGCCACCUGUUCUUUCUAGUAACGGAACCGAUGAUAAGACAGGCUCAUCGGGAAUAGAAUUUUCGGAGCAGAAAAGGAUUAUUACAAAAGAACACAGACGAGAAUGCUACUCGGCGGUGGAAAGGAUUUUCGGGGAUGGUCCAAGCUUGGAGGGUGAUUUUAUUGGGAUAAAUUUCUUCGCUUUGGAAGGGUGGAGCCUUGCAGAACUUUUUCGUGUGCGUUGUGUUGUUGUUGCUCCUUAUGUUGUUCCAUAUAGUGCACCUUCAUCCUUUGAGCGUCACUUCAGAAAAGAACUUCCUUUUUUGUAUAAAUAUCUUCAAGAAGCUCCCACUGACAAGGUUUGUUGGAAAGAUGUAAUUCAUUGGAUGUGGCCACUUUUUAGUGAAAAUUGGGAGUCAUGGAGAAGUGAAGAUUUGAACCUGAGUCCUUAUCCUUUUGCAGAUCCAGUAACAGGUCUUCCUACUUGGCACGAUAGGCCACCAUCUCCCCUACUACUGUAUGGGUUUAGCAAAGAAAUUGUUGAGUGCCCUGAUUAUUGGCCAUCAAAAACCCGGGUUUGUGGCUUUUGGUUUCUGCCAAUUGAGUGGCAGUUUUCCUGCAAGGAAUGUGGAGAAAUAUCAACACUGCUUUCCUCAGGGCAUCUGACCACAGAUGACAUGUGUUCAGUUCAUGCUGAGUUACGAAUUUUUCUAAGGACUCCUAUCUCACCACCACCUAUUUUUAUAGGGCUGAGUUCUAUUGGAAGCAUGGGAUUUAUGAGGAAUCCUCAAGCAUUUCUACGUAUUCUACAAACUGUUCUGGAGACUACAUGUUACAGAUUUAUCCUUUUUACAGCUGGCUAUGAACCAUUAGAUUCAACAGUCCAGGAAAUUGCCUGUGAAGCAUCUUCUUUUUCAAACCAAAGACAGUUGAUUCAAAAUGGGAUAUCUCUUUUUGACAGCCGGCUCUUUUGCUUUUCAGGUAUGAUACCAUACAAUUGGCUGUUCCCAAGAUGUGUAGCUGCAAUUCAUCAUGGAGGCAGUGGAUCCACUGCUGCAGCACUAUAUGCAGGUAUCCCUCAGAUACUAUGUCCAUUUAUGCUGGAUCAAUUCUACUGGGCAGAAAAAAUGUUUUGGCUUGGAGUUGCUCCAGAACCACUGAGAAGAAACCAUCUGGUUCCAGAAAAUGAUAGUGACACAAGCAUCAGGGUUGCUGCAAAAAUACUGUCACAAGCAAUACAUGAUGCAUUAUCUCCUAGAGUUAAAGAACGCGCAUUAGAAAUUGGUAAAAGGAUUUCUCUUGAGGAUGGAGUUUCAGAAGCUGUGAAGAUCCUCAAGGAAGAGAUUGGUAAUACAAUAUGGGAUAAUUAAUUCAGAAUGACGCACAAUGUGUCAAAGAGGAGCCAAAACAAAGUGAGGAAAACCCGAGUCAAGGAAAGAGAGAACAAUCCCAUGCGUUGAAGUUAAUGUGUCCCAAUAUCUUAACAUACAGAGGAUUCUACGCCUAGCCUUUCGCAUUCUACUGUGUCCUUGGGGCAGACAAUCAUGCUAACGAUUUCAGAGAUGUACUCUCUCGGCAUAAUAUCCAAUCUCAACUGUAAGAAAAGUAAACUCUUCUUCUUAUCAACUGAACUAACCCGUAUGGAUAGCUAUCACUAACAUUUUACCUAGACAAUAAUGCUUUGCUUGUCUUAGAUUCAGUGAUUUUUAAUGUAUCAAUGAAGUUGAAAAAUUCUUGAUCUUUUACUGAGAUUAAAACUCCAAGCCUGUGGGAAUUCCACCUUCCUAACAGGGUAGGUGAACCAUCAAGUCCAAGCCGUAGGGUUGUCUAACAAGUGUUCUUAGUACAUUUGCUUGUUAUCAUAGAACCAUGGAACUGUAAAAAAGUUUACUAGUAAGAAUGGUGUUGGUAGUUUAAAAGGUGAAAAUGGGAGCCGUGUUGAGGUCAGAGUGAUGGGCUAGCUCACCUAAAAAAGGCUUUGCAGUGACAUGUGCCUCUUUCUCCCAGCUUUGAACAAAGACUAAAGAUUAAUGCGAAGGGGCAAGUUUUUCAACAGGUAACUACCGUUGUCAAAUUAUUUAAAUUAAGAAUUUCUGACAUUUGGCUUUCUGUCAUUGCAGAAAAUCUGUUGAAGUUGUCGUGUCGGAUCACAAAAAAGUUAAAUCACAGUUGGUGUUGUGGGGUGGGUUGUUAGCUUCCUCUAAUGGAAAAAGACUCUUAAUUUAUAAUGGAAUUCAUCCUGUAAUUAUCGGCUUCUUCA